CCGACUCUUUAAACCCUCAAGACCUCAACACAUUACACAUGCAUCAUCAAAACAAUAAUUUUCACACUUUCAACUGGUCCAUGUAAAUUGGAAAUGAUAAUAAAUGAUUGCAAGUUGCCCCUAAAGCCAAAAGUCAAAACUACCUUCUUUUAAGAAAUCGAAUGUAUCCCCCAAUUUAGAUUUAUACAAGAUCAACAAACCUCAUGAUUCAAACUCAUCAUAGUCAUCAAACCACUCUUCCACUCCACAACCUCUCUUCAGCUCUGAUCGAUCAACCAGGGAAACAGAAAACAGAAGGGAAUUAAUGGGUUUUCAAAAAGAGAACCUUGAUCUGGUUUUAGUCCCAAGUGGGUUGCUGAUCAUGUUUUCCUACCAUCUUAUCCUCCUCUACAGAUACCUCAAUCUUCCUCACACCACCGUCAUCGGCUACGAGAACAAUGACAAGAGAGCUUGGGUGGAGAGAAUCAUGCAGCUCGACAACAAGGACAUAGGAAUUGCUCUGCAAGUCAUUUCGUCGAACAUCUCGGCGGCAACUUUCUUAUCCUCUGUUUCCUUAACUAUGAGCUCUCUGAUCGGCGCCUGGACCGGCAGCUCCUCCGGCGCGAUUUUUCAGAGCAAUUUGAUCUACGGUGACCGGAGACCCUCCACAAUUUCUAUAAAAUACAUAAGCCUUCUCAUCUGUUUUCUCCUCGCCUUCUCAUUUUUUGUGCAAUCCACGAGGUGCUUCGUGCACGCAAAUUACCUGAUAAGCACGCCGGAUACGGAUAUUCCAGAGAGAAAUGUGGAGGUGGCGGUGAUAAGGGGGGGUGAGUUUUGGUCGCUCGGACUUAGAUCGCUUUAUUUUGCGACUAAUUUGCUACUGUGGUUUUUUGGCCCGAUACCCAUGUUUGCUUCGUCGGUGAUAAUGGUGGUGCUCUUCCAUCACCUUGACUCCAAUUCGACACCGCUGCACCGGUAUGGGUCUUCCCGGAGCCAAGCAGUGAAAAGGGUUGGCGACCGGCCGGCUGCCGGAGCAGCUACCGCCGAGGUACGCGGUGGCAGUUAAGUUGGGAUCAAAGUCUGAAAAUUAACGUUGUCCAUGACAAUGUCAACGGAACUUUUUUAUCAUUAUUCUUCUUAAUGUUUCUUUUUGUUUUGCAAUAAGAAAGUCACGAACAAUGACAAGAAAUUUAUACAUAGGAUAGGAUGGGGAAAUUAUAGCGGGCGCAAUUCUAACUUAUUCAGUGCAUUAUGUUUGCCACGCUUGUUUCGUACGUUGGGAUAAGCUUUCAUCAUGUAAAUAUUAGUGUAAAUUUAUUUUCUACUAGUUGUUUCUUUGUCAAAUAAGGUAAUGACUCUUCAAUCACUUUGAUGUUUUCUAA